GGUGAAGCUUGGCUUAAAGUUCAAAUACCCCUGAACUCUGCCCUGCAGUAUCUCUAAACAGAGGGAUUUGAUAAGGUAGUUGAAGGAUAAUAUUACCUUUGCUCUCUCACUGCAAUCAAAAGCAUUCUUAGCUUUUGUGUGGAUCCCACUGACUACUUUGGUGAAGCAUUUUCAGGUGCAUAGAAUCGUCCUUUCCACUAGCAAAAGAAGAUGCUGUUUAAUUUGAGGAUCCUGUUGAACAAUGCAGCUCUUAGAAAUGGUCAGAGGCUUAUGGUUCGAAAUUUUCGAUGUGGCCAACCAUUACAAAAUAAAGUACAGCUGAAGGGUCGUGACCUUCUCACUCUAAAGAACUUUACAGGAGAAGAAAUUAAGUAUAUGCUAUGGCUAUCAGCGGAUCUGAAAUUUAGGAUAAAACAGAAAGGAGAGUAUUUGCCUUUAUUACAAGGGAAAUCUUUAGGCAUGAUUUUUGAAAAAAGAAGUACUCGAACAAGAUUGUCAACAGAAACAGGCUUUGCACUUUUGGGAGGACACCCUUGUUUUCUUACCACACAAGACAUUCACUUGGGUGUGAAUGAAAGUCUCACGGACACAGCCCGUGUCUUAUCUAGCAUGACAGAUGCAGUGUUGGCUCGAGUGUAUAAACAAUCAGAUCUGGACAUCCUGGCUAAAGAAGCAUCCAUUCCCAUCGUCAAUGGGCUGUCAGAUUUGUACCAUCCUAUCCAGAUCCUGGCUGACUACCUCACGCUCCAGGAACACUAUGGCUCUCUGAAAGGCCUUACCCUUAGCUGGAUUGGGGAUGGGAACAACAUCCUGCACUCCAUAAUGAUGAGCGCAGCCAAAUUCGGAAUGCACAUCCAGGCAGCUACUCCAAAGGGUUAUGAACCAGAUCCCAGUAUAAUCAAGUUGGCAGAGCAGUAUGCAAAGGAGAACAGUACCAAGCUGUCGCUGACGAAUGAUCCAUUGGAAGCGGCUCGUGGAGGAAAUGUAUUAAUUACAGAUACUUGGAUAAGUAUGGGACAAGAAGAGGAGAAGAAAAAGCGGCUCCAGGCUUUCAAAGGUUACCAGGUUACAAUGAAGACUGCUGAAGUUGCUGCCUCUGACUGGACAUUUUUACACUGCUUGCCCAGAAAGCCAGAAGAAGUGGAUGAUGAAGUGUUUUAUUCUCCACGAUCACUAGUAUUCCCAGAGGCUGAAAACAGAAAGUGGACAAUCAUGGCUGUCAUGGUGUCCCUGCUGACAGAUUAUUCACCUCAGCUCCAGAUGCCAAAGUUUUAAUGCUGUGAUACUUGUCAAGAGAGAACCGAUGUUCUUCAGUAACAGAAUGAGUCUUUUAUGGGGGAAGGAGAAGAGAAUCCAAGAGAAAUAAACAAAUCGUGAUACAUGGAAUAGGUGAACAAUAUGAUAUUGCCUUGCCAUUGUGAAACUUUCGUAAAGCCCUUAAAUUAAGUAUUGAUGCACUGUAAUACAUUGCUUGACUUAAUCAAUGCUCUAAUUCAAAAUUUCUGAGUUACCUUUAGGUAUCAUAUUAAUAACCAUAUACAUUUGCCUCAACUAAAAUAAAAUACUGUGUUUAUAAUGCAUAAUGUCUAAGCCAUUAAAUGUAAUCUAUGCUUAUUACCUUAAUAAAUUAUCACCCAUGCUAAUUUAUAAGUAAACAUUUACCAGGCAGUCAGCUGCUGGUAGAUCUGUGGGCUAUGCUCAUAUCCCUCAGGACUAACAGAGAAGCCAAAUGAUUUAUCUUACCGAUAUAUUGCAAUUUGCAGGCAAAUGAGGUAGACAGGCAUUCAUUUAUGAAGGCAGAUGAGGAAAUUCUUAGAAAACAGCUAUAACUAUGCCCAAACUCUGGAGUUUUUUCCAGUGAUUUUUGGGAAGGAGGGUCCUUCUAGAGCACACAUCUCUUUUCUGCAAUGAAUACUUAAUGUUACAAUGCUAAGGAAACAUUUGUGAACAGUGGUAAAA